CGGCAGGGGAGGGAGAAAGCAAGAACCGAGGAUCCGGACAAGCUCGUUCUCAGGAUCAGGUUUUGAAAAUGGUGAGUUGAGGAGAUCAAGAUCCAUCCACAGGCCACGCAGGUUUGAAUUGAACGGCCUUUGUUUUCUCCGGGUCCUCCUGAACAACAGUAGCAAUAAGAAACCAAAUUGGUAUGUGCACACAGCCUCCGAUCCAAAAAUCUGCACACGCUGCUGCCUCCGCAUGCCCCACUCAGGCGCUCGCUCCCCCGAGCAACGUCCCAAGCCCAAGAAACCAACCCCCAAGAGAGAGAGAGUUGUAGUAAUAGAGUUCGCUCUUUGAUAGGUCGCGGCUAAGCACCAAACCUCGGGGAAAUGGAGCUGCUCAGUGGCGCAGCGGAGGCUUGGGGAAGCGGAGUCUCGCGAGCUGGCAGAGCACUAGCCAUUACCCAUUAGCUCUUUCUUGCUACUAGCUGAGCAGAGAGCACCACUACCCUACACUGACAUCCAUCCACCGGAUCGCGCUGCGGUUGUGUAGUGUUUAGUGUGUACAAAAGGUCGUGAAGGCGGUAGCGACCGAGCAGCGCUAGGCCAAGCCAGGUAAAGGCACGGUGUGUGAGGCGAACGAAGCGAGGGAGAAGCGAGAAGCCCGUGAGCUGCCGCGGUGGGAGGGAGCGAGGGUUUCGUCUCGUCCGGGCGUUUCUUGGUUCCGGCCAUGGACGCCUACGAGGCGACCAAGGUGGUGUUCUCCCGGAUCCAGGCGCUCGACCCGGACCACGCCGCCAAGAUCAUGGGCCUCCUCCUCAUCCAGGACCACGGCGAGAAGGAGAUGAUCCGCCUCGCCUUCGGCCCGGAGUCGCUGCUCCACGCCGUCAUGGCCAAGGCGCGCAAGGACCUCGGCCUGCUCCUCCCGGCGUCGCCGACCUCCGUGGCGGCCGCCGGGCACUCGCCCUUCCUGCAGCAGCUCUCGCGCCAGAGCUCAGGCCGCGCCGGCGCCGGCGCGCCGUCGCCACUCUCGGUGUCCUCUCCGUCGUCGUGGGCGCAGGCGCCGGUGUUCUCGAGGAGCAACAGCGCUACCAAUGGCGCUGCGGAGGAUGCGACGGCGGGGGCUGGGGACGAGCUGCCUAGUCCCGUGCACGGCGGCGCGGCGCCGUUCUUUCCUCAGGCCGGGGACCCGCUCCUGGACGAUAUGCAGCUGCAGGAGCAGCUCGCGUUCCUCAACGAGGGUGGCGUGAACCCAGCGCACCAGCUCCCGGCGUUCGACGGAGGGGAGUGCCGAAGCCCCGGUCCCGGCGAUGGCGGCGGGAUGUUCCCAUACGGCGUCGGGUGGCCGAACGGCGGCCCCGCGCACCGCCGGAGCGCAUCGGUGAACGAACUCCUCCUCAGCGGCGGCGGCGACGGCUUCGGGUGGAAGCCGUGCCUCUACUACGCGCGCGGGUUCUGCAAGAACGGCAGCAGCUGCAGGUUCGUCCACGGCGGCCUCCCCGAUGACGCUGCCGCGCUCGCUGCCGCCAAGAUGGAUGCAGCUGCAGAACAGCAGCAGCAGCAGCAGUGCCAGGACUUCCUCCUCCGCUCCAAGAGCCCGCGCAUCGGCCCCGCCGCCUUCCCAUACUCACCCACCUGCUCCCUCCCCGGCUCGCCCUCCGCCGCCAGCAAGUGCCUCAGCCUGCUGCUCCAGCAGCAACAGCACGACAGAGCCGCAGCCGCCGCGGCGCUGAUGCUGGGCGGCGGCGACGAGGCGCACAAGUUCAUGGGCCGGCCGCGCCUUGACCGCGCGGACUUCGCCAGCAUGAUGAACCCCGGCUCGCGCCAGAUUUACCUCACCUUCCCGGCCGACAGCACGUUCCGCGAGGAGGACGUCUCAAACUACUUCAGCAUCUACGGACCGGUGCACGACGUUCGCAUCCCGUACCAGCAGAAGCGCAUGUUCGGGUUCGUCACCUUCGUGUACCCGGAGACGGUGAAGCUGAUCCUCGCCAAGGGCAACCCACACUUCAUCUGCGACGCGCGCGUGCUCGUCAAACCCUACAAGGAGAAGGGCAAGGUCCCCGACAAGUACAGGAAGCAGCAGCAAGGGGAUUUCUCCGGCUGCACGACGCCCACCGGGCUAGACGGCUGCAGGGACCCCUUUGAUCUGCACCAACUCGGGGCGAGGAUGCUGCAGCACUCGAACAGCGCCAACGAGCUGCUGCUGCGGCGCAAGCUGGAGGAGCAGCAGCAGGCGGCCGAGCUGCAGCAGGCCAUUGAGCUCCAGAGCCGUCGCCUCAUGGGCCUUCAGCUGCUGGACCUCAAGUCUCGCGCCGCAGCCGCAACAACAUCAACGCUGCCCACGCCAGUUGCCAAUGCCUUCGCCUCCAGCCAACCCGUGAGCAGCACCACAGUCGAGUCGCCGCCCAAGUCCGGGGAGCAGCUCGAGUUAAGCUGCGGCUUUGCUCUGGAGGUGAAGGUCAACGGAGGUGAUAAGGAGGAAUCUGCUGGCGAGGCAAGCCCGAUCGCUGCUGAUAGCGACCAAAGCGCGGAGCAUAAUCUGCCGGACAGCCCAUUCGCCUCCCCAACUAAGUCGGCGGCGUUCGCGCAUGAUGGUUUCCCCGCUACCGAGGCUGAGACCGCCGCAUCCCGUGUUGGUGUGGACUCCUGCAGCAAUGCAGAUGGCGGAGGUAACCAUGUCCGUCCCCCCGCAUUGGACAUUCCUACGCCAAGGCCCUACUUCUUCCCCAUGCACAGGCUCUCCUCCGAUCACGGAGCUAUGGGGAUGUAAAGUUCACCAUUGGAAGUGAGUGAUAUCCCAGCCUAAUCAUAGAAUACAAGAAGCCAAGAAAAGCGAUGGUGGAAUAUAGGAAAAAAGGAGUGAAGUGUCAGCAUAGUGUUAGCUCCCUUUCUUUUGUUCUUUUAGCCACCCUUUUUUAGUGAUGGAUAGCUCUACUAAACCACAAGAGAAGAGGAUGCCAUUAGCCUUGAUUCAGAAAGCAGCGGCAAAUGCAGUAUUGUCAGAUAUAUAUAAACUACAAGUAUCAAGUGUUACCCCUAGUUAUUAAAUAUACUACUAGUGCUUAGUGUUUACUACUAAUGCCAGAUCAGCACAGUUGAUGUUGCUGUACCAAUAUCCUACAUGUACUCUGCUACUACUACUACUACUACAGCCACCUCCACUAGGUUUACUAAAUGUGAGGGUUAGUCCACCCUGCUGGUACCAGCCACAGGUCACAUGUAACACCAGCACAGCUACAGCCUGCUGCAACGGGUGCAGAUAUUGUAUACAAGGGCGGCCCAGAGACUGGAGAAACGAGUACAUGGCCAUGGCAGUGGUCUGUGAAGUAUUUUACUGUCACUGCAAGAUCGCAAGCCAUGUGGAUAUAUAUUGCAAGAGUUGUGUGAGAUCUCGUAUGGUUGUCUUCAGUCGCUGUCUCUGUUUAUGGCUCCUAGUAUCACCCCUGAUCGGCAGAGGCAGAUCGCUACGAAAUAGCAUGUUUAUUUUGUUGUGCUUUUGUUUGCGUCUGGUUGAGUGGAUCUAGUGUAGUUGACACCUCUACAGAAAGAAUGAAAGUAAAGUGAUAGAAAAUUAUGCAA